AUGGUGGAGAGCUUCAUUACAACCAAGAAUCAGCAAAAUAAGGAAUUCAUGAACCAAAACAUUCAUAUAAAUGGACUAAUUACACAAUUGGGCACCAAACUCGAUUAUGUAAUUACCCACAACAAAAUGCUUGAAACCCAGAUAUCUCAAGUGGCAUAUCAACAAGCUACUCAAACUACACCAGGAGGACAAUUUCCUGGACAACCUCAACCUAACCCUAAGGGGCAUGCUAAUGCAAUUGCCCUACAGAGUGAAACUACUUACGAUGAACCCGUAAACCCUAGGUUGAAUAAACCAGAACCCCCUAAGAAAAAUGUUAUGACCACACUCGAGAAACAAUUAGAGGAACUAGUAGAACCUGAGAAACAAAAAAAGGAAGAAGUUAAAGAUAAGGAAGGAGAGAAAGAUACUAAAGUUUACAUACCACCCCCUCCUUACAAACCACCAAUCCCAUUUCCGCAAAGACUUAAGCAAACCAAAUUAGACAACCAAUAUAAAAAGUUUGUAAAAGUGAUUGAGAAACUCCAUGUCGAGAUUCCAUUCACUGAAGCGAUCACCCAAAUACCAUCUUACACAAAGUUCCUUAAGGACAUCCUAACCAACAAACGAAUACUUGAUGAUCCUAAACCCUUAGAAUGCAAUUCUAUUGCUGAAAAUAAACUCGCUAAAAAUGAGAAAGACCUAGGAAGUUUUUCUAUACCUUGUGUUUUAGGAAAUCAUGUUAGCGAUAAAUCACUCCUGGACUUAGGAGCCAGCAUGAGCUUAAUGCCUUUAGCCAUUUGUAAUAGGUUAAACCUAAGAGAAAUGCAACCGACUAGAAUGUCCCUUCAAUUAGCCGAUAGAUCCAUUAAGCAUCCAAUAGGAAUUUUAGAAGACAUCCCAGUUAGGAUUGGCCAACUCUAUAUUCCUACAAAUUUUAUUGUCAUGGACAUUAAAGAAGACGACGGAAUCCCUAUCCUUCUAGGUAGACCCUUCUUAUCAACAACUGAGGCCAUAAUAGAUGUCAAGAAAGGAAAAUGA